AGCUACUUUUUUCAAGAAUGCUCUUGAAACCAAGGAGUGUGUUAUCUUUUCUGAUGUGUUAACUAAGUUUGAGAUAAGCAAAUCUAUCUUGAAGGAUAAAAGUAAGAUUAAGAGAGAGCAGUUGUCUGUUCAGGGCUCCCUGUCGAAAUUAGUUCCAUAUAGUAAUUAUCUUAUAAUUGGAGGUCCAGAAAUGAGUGUUGUAGAGGUCUACGGUCGAGUAGGAGACACUGAUUCAGACUCAGGAGAGAGAUGGCAACUUACCAUGAACAUGGACAUCCCAAAUGUACGUGAAAUCAAUGCCUUCACACCUGAAGAGACUCCAGCUAAACAUGUGGUGGCAUUUGUGACUAACAUGUCUGGAGUACAUCUAUGCGAAUUUACCGGCCAGUAUAAGCUUGGCGGUAAAAGAUGGAAGGGCGAUGUUAUGAUGCGGCUUGAUAUAAUUAAAGAAAAUCUAGAGCCAGAACAGAAUCAUUCUGUCUCAGCAUCUUGGGAAAGCACUGACAAAUUAGCUAUCUGCUAUGAGGAUUGUUCUGUUGCUGUAUACAUGGAGGCUAAAAAUACGAAGUAUAUAAUGGAACAUUCGAUCAAAUGGAAUGCUGAUUUCAAGCAGAAGGACAAUCCCAAGCUCUCAAUUGAUUGGCCACGGCCAGCAAAAUUAUCAUGUAGAUUUGAAUCCCCUGUACUGGCAGUACUCGGAGAUGGCCAUGCAUUUAUAAAUUUCUUUGAGCUUCGUAAAAAAGGUGCGAUCGGAACAGCAAUAGGUGAAUGGGACAUUGCUUCGGAAUUGAGUCAUCAAAGCCAGAGCCUUGCUUUGCUAUCUGAAAUCAAAGAAGCCAAGGAACCAAAAUUUGAGCCCAGCAAUAGGAUAUUUUGCAAUAGGCCGUUGCAGAUGCAUGAAGUAGCAGCAGUUGGUUUCGAGAUGGAGUUCGUUGCUGCUGAGAUCAACGAUGCUUAUGUGGACGGUGUGGCAUGCUCGGCAGCACUACAAUGUCUUGUAGAUCAUAAACAGUAUCCAUCUGAGAUCGUAAGAAUAAAUUUGAAAAGCAUAUUGAGAAGAGGAUUGCUGGUUGAUAAAAAACGUGGGAACUUCUUGAAGGUUGAUAAAAAUUAUUACAUUAGUAUUGCAUAUCAUGGUCUUCAGAAAAUGCAACCGAAUGCAAUACAUGAAGCUUAUGGUGCGAUACCAAUGGCAGAUCAAUUUGACCCUACCAUCACUUUACUCGAUUCAUUUUCUUCAACUGUGGAAGCUCUCGUAUUUGCCAAUAUAAUAAGUUAUAUGGACAAUCUUGGUCGUAAUAAAAUUAACAAGGAAUACAAGGAUGUCUAUGCAGACAUAAAACAUGUGUUCAAAACUUUCCGUCUUCGAGACGGUUAUCACCCUGCCCCCAGCAUCGCCAUGAACGAAAGGUUUGUACCCAUGCUUCAGGAUCUCAGACAACGUGGGCUGAAAGUUUUUUUGCUAUCCAAUAGUCUCUGGAGUCGAACAGAUAUUGUGAUGACCCAUGUUUGUCAAUCAUCUACUCCUCAAAAGCACAAUUGGCUAGAUAAUUUUGAUGUCGUGGUGACAAGCAAUGGAAGAAUGAUUGAAACAUUUUUCAAUUCUGACGGAGAACAAGAUUUGUUCAAGUUAGAUAGCAGGACCGGAUUUCUUCAGAAUACCUCCUGUAUAGAGCUAUUCUCUCAAUCUGACACUGCCAAUUCUCAUAAAGUAUACCAGGGUGGUAAUGUCGGCCAUCUUCUAAGAGGAUUGCAAGUUGAUAAGCAUGAGGUUAUGUAUGUUACUCAUCAGAUUAAUCGUGAUGUGAUAUACAACCCUGGCUGGAAAAACUUGGUUGUUAUUCCAGAGCUUAAAGAGGAGUUGGAAUACAAUUCAUCCUACGACAAGAUAGAAAAGAAUUUAAAUGUAGAGACUAGGAAGCUUAAUUCAAUUGAAGACACCAUACACUUCUUGAAAAGAUGA